AAGUUCUUCGGCCGUUCUCUUGCCCCAGCUCACCGUCUCCUCCUCAGAGAAGCGAGUGGAGCACGCGAGAGGGGAAAGAGGAGGUAUCUGCUUCGGCGGGGGCAGCGAUGACGUUGGACGACGAGAAGUCAAUUUACGUUGGUGGGCUCCCCUACGAUUGCACUCAGGAGGACCUCCGCCGCGCUUUCGACCUCUACGGCGCCAUCGUCGACGUCAAGAUAAUAAAUGAUCGACAAGUUGGAGGAAAAUGCUAUGGGUUUGUUACAUUUAGAAACCCUAGGUCAGCUGUUGAUGCUAUUAUGGACAUGAAUGGCAGGAAAAUUGGAGGAAGAGUUGUAAGAGUAAAUGAAGUUCAUUCAAGGGGUGGAAGGCCAAACUUUCAUCGUGAAAAUUUCCAUCGAGAUUCUGAUAGGGAUGAUGAUUGGGAGAGGGGCAGGGAAAGAGAGAGGGAUCAUAUGCGGGACAGAUUUCGGUACCUAGAUAGAAAUGAUGAGCGGUCCCGAGAUCAUGAUAGACAAAGGGAAAGAGAAAUAGAUAUUGAGCGUGGACGUAACUUUGAUCGAGCAAGAUCACACCCUUUGGAUCAAGAUCGAGAUAGAGAAGGCGAUGACCAUGAGCAUCCAGGAGGCCAUGAUCGAGAUUGGGAAGGGGAUCGUGACAUGGACUGGGACCAUGAUAGAGAUGUGGACAAAACUAAAGAUCAUGAUGGAGGCAAAGACAUGGAUAAGGAGCAACAACUGAGACAAAAAAAUGGUGCUGAUUUCAAUGAGCAUCCAAGCAGAGAUUUAUCAUCAAAUUCUAGUGAUGAUUAUUACGGCCAGGUGAAAGAGAAGCUGGAGUUAUCCAUUCAAAGACGGGAGGAUCUUCAAAAGGAGCUUACUAUUGUUGGGGAGAAGAUCGAUGAGAAACAGCAUCUUAUUUCAGAUUUACAAAUGAAAUAUCAGAAACUAGAGGAUGCAUUGACGGCUGCGAAGAAGCUUACCUAUCAAAGGCAGUCGAUGCUGAUGAAGCUGCAUUCUUGCUUUGCUCGAGCUCAGGACUAUACUGAAAGGCUCAAAAGCUCUGAGCACGAACUCCAGUCUCUCGUUGAUGUGGCAAUGUCCGAUGUUGGUAUGGGUGAGGAUGCUGGUGGAAGAGAUGGAUCACUUUAUGCCAAUGGGCAGGUAUGACAAAUCCUGGGCAUCUGUAUCAUUGUUGUCCAUUUAGAGGAGUAACUUCUUCGUGAACUGGCGCAUAAUACGCCAGUCCGUUAGAUCUUUAGACCAAUCUUUUUCCUGGCAGUCUAUUGCAACCAGAUAAACUUUUUUUCUUGAAACUUUCACAAAAAGAUGGCCUGUUAUUCUCUUGUUACAUCAAAACUCAGAUGCAUGAAAUCGCCUACUCG